AUGUCGUCGUCUUCACAACAACAGUCCUCUGCUCGCUUCCAAUGCUCUGCAGGAGAGAAUGAGGAACAACUGGGUCGCGAUGCCAGUGCUCUCACCACAGAAGGCGGAGGCAGAUGGAAGGUCACAAAUGACAACAGAGGGCUCGAGCGAACUUUUCGUUUCAAGACUUUCAAAGCUACUUGGGUACGUGAGGAAUGUCCUUUCUUUGACGAAGACAUCAGUUGUGGCCAAAGGCGUGACCAGGGCAUUUACUCUCAGUCACCCUGUCCAUUCACCGUAGAGAUGAAGACUGACUCGAUUACCAGGNAAUUCAUGAACACAGUUGCGGCAGAGUGUAAAGUGCAAAAGCAUCACCCGGAGUGGACGAACGUCUUCAACAAGACCCAUGUACGCUGGACAACACAUAAACCUCUAGGUUUGUCGUCCAAAGACAUUGUCAUGGCCACAUUCUGUGAUGAGGCUGGAUCCCGUCAUGGUGAGCUGCCCGAUGUGGUUGACGAGGACAAGUGUGGAUGUGAUGAUUUCAAGCCUUGA